CUCCACUUUUUUCCCUUCUUUACCUCCUUCUCUACAAACCCUUUCUCUAUCAAAUGAAAUUCUCUCACUCACUGCAAUUCAACGCAGUCCCAGAUUGGAUUGACAAAUAUGUGGCUUAUGACCACCUCAAGAAAUUGAUAUUCCAGGAGGAGAAAGAACGAGUCGAGGCUGCUAACAACAGCCAGGAUCCCGAAAAGGCUCACACAGAAACCGAAUCUCGGGAAUCUGUAUUCUUACAUGAACUCGACAUGCAACUUGAGAAAGUUUUUGACUUUUAUACCCAGAAAGAAUAUGAGCUUUACAGCUCAAUUGAUCAAAUCGAAGCUACUCUCAUGGCCAAUGGACAUCUACACAGCACAGACUCUCCUAAUGUCCGUCACUUACAGCCCAAUGCACUUGAGACCCUUGAUUCAACAUACAACGCCCCCAUAAAGGUCACCCAUGAGCACGAUAAAAUUCACAGCGGAAAACGGAAAAUGUCCUUUGAGUCCCGUAUGACAAUUGAUGGAGACGCUGAGAUUAAUGUUGAAGCACUUGUCGAUCUUCGCUCCCAGCUGAUCUCUCUUUACGUUUCUUUGUCUGAGCUCGAGUCCUAUAUUGAUCUUAACCGUAGUGCAUUCGAAAAGAUCCUGAAAAAGCAUGACAAGGUUCUCGAGAGCGACCUUCGCCAACAAUAUCUCAAGAAGAUGGUUCUUGACUCUCGUCCCUUCAUGCCCCAGACAACCGAAGCCCUUCGCUCCCAGAUCGAACGCGUAGAGCGCAUCUAUGCUGACACAUUCUGCCACGGAAAUGUUCCUGCUGCUGUCCGUCAAAUGAAGACCCAUCUUCGUGACCAGAUCACCUAUGACCGCAACACAGUCUGGAAGGACAUGAUCAGCCAGGAGCGCAAGAUGCUCGAUGCCCACGUAAAAGACACAACCCCAGUCAAGACAUACAAGCUUCCUUUGAUCAACAAACGAAUCACUUCAGACCUUCUUCGCAGAUCACUUUGCUUCUUGUUUGCUGUCAUUGUUUUUGCCGUUCUUCUCAAUGUUGACAUCUUUUCCAACAAGAAUGAAAAUUACUGCUUUGCUCUCCUUAUCUUUUCUGCAAUCAUGUGGGCCACCGAGGCAGUACCCCUGUAUGCAACCUCUCUCCUAAUUCCUUUCUUGGUUGUCCCUCUUGGUAUCUUACGCAAUACCGACGGAUCUGAGAUGGCCGCCAAGGCAGCUGCCAAGGCUGUAUUUAGCUCAAUGUUUAGUGGCACUAUCAUGAUGCUUUUAGGUGGCUUCGCUAUUGCUGCUGCCCUUUCCAAGUAUGGUAUUGCAAAGGCAUUCGCAACCCAUGUCCUUUCGCGUGCAGGUACACGUCCUCGCUGGGUUCUUUUGACAAUCAUGCUUGUUGCCGCCUUCCUUUGUAUGUGGAUCUCCAACGUUGCAACUCCCGUAUUAUGUUUCUCUUUGAUCAACCCUAUCCUUCGCACCUUACCCGAUAACUCUCCUGUUGGUCCCUGCCUGAUUCUUGGUAUCGCUCUUGCUAGUUGUAUUGGUGGCAUGACUUCUCCAAUCUCUUCCCCUCAGAACAUCGUUACCUUGCAGUACAUGAACCCUGACCCUGGAUGGGGUAUCUGGUUUGGUGUUGCUCUGCCAAUCUCUAUCAUCUGUAUCUUUGUCUGCUGGGGUAUGCUUCUUAUGGUUUACCGCCCUGACCGUGCUAGUCCUCAUCUUAACAAGGUUAAGACUACCAACGACCCCAUCAGCCUAUCCCAGGUCUAUAUUAUGGCUAUUACCAUUCUCACCAUUGCUCUCUGGUGUGCUGAGUCGAGCAUUCAAGAUCACAUUGGUGAUACUGGUAUCAUCGCUGCUAUCCCUCUUUUCAUGUUCUUUGGUGCCGGCAUCCUCAACAAAGAAGAUCUCCACGCUUUCCUCUGGUCUGUCAUUGUUUUGGCACAGGGUGGUAUGGCUCUUGGUAAUGCUGUAACAUCUUCAGGCCUUCUCCAGGAUAUUGCUAUGCGUAUCAAGGAUGGUAUCCAGGACUUUCCUCCCAUUGCUAUUCUCGCCAUUUUUGCCUGCCUGCUCCUUGUGUUCUCUACCUUUGUCUCCCAUACUGUCGCUGCCCUCAUCAUUGUUCCUAUUGUCCAACAGGUCGGUCAGCAGCUUCCUAUCCCUCACGCCAACUUGUUGGUGAUGGGUGCUGGUCUUGCUUGUUCUGCAGGCAUGGGUCUUCCCGUAUCUGGCUAUCCAAACAUGUCAGCAAUCAUGUUAGAAAGCCCAACAGGAAAACCAUACCUUACCACAAAGGACUUUAUUAUUACUGGUAUCCCUGUCAGUAUUGUCUGUACCGUCUUGAUCAUUACCCUUGGCUACGGUAUUAUGUCCGGUGUAGGCUAUUAAAUCUUUACUGUAAACCACUAAAAUGAAAAGCAUAUCUUUUCUUUAUCUCUUUUAAUUACAUAUUAUAUUAUCUCUAUUUACCCCCCUUCAUAUACAUCUAUCACCUUGUUAAAUAUUUCCCGCUUUAUAAUCAUAUAAUCAUAUAUAUAUAUAUAUAUAUAUUUACUAUAAAUACAAAUCAUAAUUUUUUACUUUGAAACAACC